AUGAUUGAACAGCUGGCUGCGGAGAACAGAAACCUUCGAGUGAAAGGGAGCAGUCUGGAGAUGCGUAUUGACGACUUGGAAUAUUACUCAAGAGUCAAUUCUGUGGAGAUACAUGGCAUCCCUCAACAGAAGAACGAAGACGUAGUGGCGGUAGUAAAAGAAGUAGGAAAUGCGCUCGACGUAGAGAUCAUGGACUCAAUGAUUGACGCCUGUCAUUGCAUGGGAAAGAGACCUGGUCCAAACAGUCCGCAACCAGGAAUUGUAGUCAAAUUCGUUCGACGUAUUGAUGAAGAGAAACUGCUGAGGAAGCGCACAGUCAAGAACAACUUCUUCACCAGACACAUGAAUCUCAGUAUGGACCAGCACAUUUAUAUAAACAAGGCCCUGUCACAAACGAGGAGACGACUGCUAGGGGCGGAGCAACAAGUCAAAAAAGGAAAGAGCGUCAAGUAUCUCUGGGUUCGAGGUAGCAAAAUUUUUCUAAGGAAAGAAGAGUUAGCGCCAGUGUUUCAGGUGACUUGCCAGGCGGACUUGGAUAGGUUUUAG